AUGGCAGUUCCGCCUUGGCCUUCCAAACCAAUGCUCCCCCUCACUCCCUUACGAGGCCAUCUACUCAUUCUCCUCUUGUAUUUGGUCGACGUCCUUACUCUUGCGUUUGUUUUGGUAGAGUUGGUUCAUCGAUCCGCGGCGAUGUUUCAGCGCCUCCGCGACGCCAUCGACUCUCGCAUCGCAGAGGAACAAGCCCGCCAAAAGUCCGCCCAAGAUUCCAUCUCCCGCUCCAAUUCCUCGCGCCGUCCACCCACCCGCAACCUCUCCCCGAGUCGGCGCACCCGCCCAAGACGCAACACAGGCACUCCCAUCAGAGGACCCGACCCCAAGGAAUUCGAGGCGGAAUUCACCAUCGGGGACGACGAUGAGUCCAGCCGGUCUGCUACUCCCCAAGUUGACACACCAGAAGCUGCCUCGGAAGUGAGCGCGGCCAACGAAGGCGAGUCUGCAGAGAUGGAGGGCAAAACACCUGCGGAAUCGUCUGAGAAAGAGGCCACCGGUGCCCAGGAUGCUGACUCUUCCAAGGACUCUUCAACUGACCUUCCACCCGAUGUCCGGGCUAAGCUCCGCAGACUCGAUAAGCUCGAGGCGCGAUACCAUGAUUUGCUCAAGGCAUACCGCAUGGCGCACUCCCGCGUCCUCUCCAUCGAGCCCUUCGAGGCUGCUCUGCGCGAAAACACUCCUCUCACCUCGAUUGGCGAACCCAAGGCUUUCACCGAGUACCUUAACCAAACGGCCCUGAAAAGCGACAUGGUGAUGGAGGAGCUGAAGCGUGUCACCGGCGAAAGGGAAGACUACAAAAAAAAGAUGGAGGAAGCGCAGAAGUCUACCAAGGAGGCUUUGGAUGAGGUUACCGGGCUCAAGAAGGAGAAGCAGGAGAAGCCUGAGGCUAGCGCGGACAAGGGAUCAGAUGGGACGGAGGAGACUAGCGAGGAGUUCUUCUCAUUUGAUAACGAAGUUCCCCGUCUAGAGGGCGAACUCAAGGAGAAGCAAGAGGAGGUCGACAACCUCAAGACUGAGGUGGAAAAGCUCAAGCGCGACAUGUCUGUCACCCGUGAGUCGACCGAGGGCAUGGUACAGAACCUUGAGACAGCUACUCGCGAGCUUGUUGAGUUGCGCGAAACCAAGGACAAGUUGGAUGCUGAGAUUGAAAUUCUCAAAACAUCCAACAAGGCUGAUAAUGCCAAUGUCGAUGACUUGAAGGCGAAGCUUGCCACAGCCGAAUCUUCUAUUGAGUCAAUAACGACUGAGGUUGAGAAGCUCAAGUCGCAGCUCAAGGAAAAGAGUGAAGAAAUCGAAAAGCUCCAGAACCAUGCUUCUGAGAAGGCCGAGCCAGACUCGGAGCUCGUUUCCCAAUUGGAAACAACCAAGGAGGAGAAGAAGGCUGGCGAGAAGAAGCUGGUCGUGCUCCAGGGCUUGGUUGACGGCCUUCGAUCUCAACUUAAGGAAACCGAAUCGACCGUCUCAGACCUGAAGACGGAGAUUGGCCAGAAGUCGGAAAGCUCUACCAAGCUUCAGAAGAUUAUUGACUUUGUGGACGAGAACCUGAAGGACAACACUACGUGGCAAUCUGCCAAGGAGAAACUUUCCGCUGGAGAAAAGGCCGAUUUCGACGAGAUCCGAAAGAGUCUGGCACCAGCCAAGGGAUACGAACCAGCCCCUCCUGCCUCUACUCCUGCUACUGCUGAAGAAGAGACCCAGCCUGCUCCAGCAGCUACUGGAGCCGGUGGCGGUGGUGGAAAGAAGAAGAACAAAAAGAAGAAGAAGGGCGGCAAGACCGAGGAACUGCCCAAGCCAGCCGAGGCAGUCCCUCCAGAGCAACCGGCCCAGGAGAAGGCUGCUCAAGAGACCGCUGCUCCAGCUUCCGACGAACUCACUGAACUCAGGUCCAAGCUGGAGUCGUUGACGCAACAAUUGUCGGAGAAGGAGGCGGCCAUUGAUCGCUUGAGUGCCAAGCUGAAGGGCGAAGACAAUCUUAAGGAGGAGAUUGAGUCUCUGCGCGAUGACCUUGUCAACAUAGGCCAGGAACACGUCGCAGCUAAGGACAAGAUCAAGGAGCUUUCCGCAGAGAAGACUGCCCUUGAAGAAACUAUCACCAAGCUCGAGAAAGAACUGGUCGACCUUCGCACUAGCAAUGCUUCGACCUCAGCUGACUCUGAGAAGAUCCAUACCUCUCUGAAGGAGGAGUUUGAGAGCCUCAAAGUUCGCUCGGCAACUCUGGAGACCGAUCUUUCUGCCGCCCAGCAGCUGGCUGCCACUCGGUUCAAGGACCUCACAGACCUACGCGAGACUCUUCAGAAGGUUCAGCCCGAGCUGCGAAACCUGCGUGCUGAGUCUUCGGAGCUGAAGACCUUGAAGGAAACUCUUACCAGCAAGAACUCCGAAUUGAAGGCCCUCGAGGGCAAGCACGAGGAUUUGCGUGCCGAGCUGAAGACCGCUAAGUCGAAGAUCUCAGAGCGGGACACAGAAGUGGGCACCCUAAACAAGAAGAUCAGACAGGAGACCGACAGCCGUUUGAAGGCUGAGGAGAAAUUCAGCGUUGCUCAGUCCGAACUGCGCGCCUCCGAAAGCAAAAAGCAAGAUGCUAUCAAUGCCAGGGAUAAGACUAGUGCUGAUCUCUCCAAGGCCCAAGAUGGAUUGAAGAGUACUCGUGCCAGGAUGCGCGAGAUGGAUGAUCAGAUCUCCCAGCUGAACAAGGAGCUUGCUGGUCUCCGGGAAGAGAUCCAGCUGAAGACGGCGCAGCACAGCAGCGCCCAGAGUCUGAUGAACAGUAUGCGUGAUCAAACCUCGGAGGUGGCAAUGCAGAUGAAGGAGGCCCGUGAACGAUGCGAGAGCCUGGAGGAAGAACUGGCUGACGCUCAUCGUCUGCUGAGCGAACGGACCCGCGAAGGCGAGACUAUGCGCCGACUGCUCAAUGACAUUGAGGGUCGUUCAGAGUCCAAGGUGCGUGACUUUAAGGAACGCAUGGAGGCCGCUAUCGAGGAGCGGGACCGCGCCGAAGACGAAGCUAGUAGCCAAGGCCGACGCCGUGCCCGGGAAAUGGAAGAGCUGAAGGCCAAGGUCCGCGAGGCUGAGCGAGCACUUCGCACAGCCGAAGAGGACAAAGAGGAGCUGGAGCAAUCCCAAAAGGAUUGGCGUCGCCGCCGUGACGAGUUGGAGUCUAUCUCCGAACAGUCAUCACAAGAAGUGAUCGAGAUUCGCCAGGCCAUGGCUGGUCUGCGCGAUGCACUCGACGAAAGUGAGAAGCAGGUGCGUGACCUUGAAAAGGACAAGGCAGAGCUGCGCCGCUCCGUCGAAGAGACCAACGCCCGGCUGGAGAAGCUACGGAAAUCCCACAAGACCCUUGGAGAGGACGUUCGUCUACGUGGGUCCCCGUCCGGUCGACAGUCUUCACGAUCGUCCAUCGAUUCUGGCUCUCGCCGGGGAAUUGCGUCCCCUUCCGCUAGAAGCGAGACACCCGUUGGUCCACCCAGCAAUGCAUCCAUCGACUACAUGUACUUGAAGAAUGUCCUCCUCCAAUUCCUGGAGCAAAAGGACAAGAACUAUCAGAAACAGCUGAUUCCUGUCCUGGGAAUGUUGCUGCAUUUCGACCGGUAA